UAUAAUCCUUGCUCCCGCCCGCCCGUGCGCCACUUCGCUCGCCCGCUCUCCCGCUCCACCGCCGUCAGCUGUGUCUUGAGUCUUUGUGGUCAGUCUUGGUGCAAGUGUGGACGCAGAGACUCGACACACGCACACACACGCGCACAGCCUGAGAGAUGGGCGGAGACUCACACCAGAAGACGGAGGAGGACGAGGAGAGGACGGAGAGGAAGGACGUGGGAGAGAACGAGGAGACGGAGAAGAAGAGUCUGGAGAAGCUGCUGUGUGAUCGUGUGUCUCCUGAAGAAGUGGUGGUGAAGAGUGGUGGAGAUGACUCUUCUUCCACCUCCACCUCCGACACCGCCUCCACCGCCUCCCCUUUACAUACGUUCAAGAAAGGGGGAUGGGGGGUCCGUCACACCGUGGUCCUCAUGUCCUGCACUGGGGUCAUCCUUAUUAGCAUGAUGCGGUACAGUCUCUCCAUCGCUAUCGUGUCCAUGGUAGCGAAGCCCUCCCACACACACGCCGCCCCCGCCCACGCGCAGGACGGGGAGGGGAAUGGUACUGUGAUUGGUGGUGGUGGUGGUGGUGUCUGCCCAGCGCCCCCAUCCCAAGUUCACGAGUUUAGUUCUAAUGAGACGGAGAGCAGCGGCUUUGACUGGGACGAGAGGACACAGGGACUCCUACUGGGCGCCUUCUUCUACGGGAACAUCCUCACCAAUGUGCUGGGGGGACGCCUGGCGGAGAGGGUGGGGAGCAAGCCUGUGAUUCUGCUCGGGCUCUUCCUCUCCUCCGUGUUCACGCUCCUCUCUCCCCUCGCCGCGCGCCUAUCCACCAACGUGUUCAUCGGGGUCCGUCUCGCACUCGGGAUAGCACAGGGAAUCGUGAUGCCGGCCGUCAGUCGCUUCAUGGUGGUGUGGGUCCCGCCAUACAAGCGCAGCAAAUACCAGACCUUCGUGUUCAUAGGCAGCGAGAUGGGCGUCGUGGGCUCCCUGUCGCUGGGCGGGUGGCUGUGCUCUCAGUCCUUCCUGGGGGGCUGGCCGGCCGUGUUCUACGUCUGUGGCGUUGCCGGCAUCCUGUGGUGCCUCGCGUGGACCCUGGCCAUCCACGAGAACCCUGAGCGCCACACGAGGAUCACCUCCGAGGAGAAGAAGUACCUCAUGGCCCACUGCGUUGUGCGCAAGGACAAGAUGGCAUUACCGUGGGGCCAACUCGCGCGGUGUCUCCCCUUCUGGGCCAUCACCGUCAUGCACAUCGGCAACAACUGGGGAUAUUACACCUUCGUCACCGAGCUGCCCGCCUACCUCUCCAACAUGCAGCACUUCUCCAUCAAGAGUAACGGCAUGAUGUCCGCUCUCCCGUACCUGAUCAAAUGCUGCUACUCUCUGUCCUUCUGUCUGCUGAUGGAUAGAGCCACGUCCAGGGGCAAGCUAUCUGUGCUGAGUGUCAGGAGGCUAUCGUCGAUGUUGGCCACGUACAUCCCCGCGGUGGCCCUGGUGGGGAUGUGCUUCGUGGGGUGCAACAGCGUGGCGGCCGUGGCGGUGGUGUCGGCAGCCAUCAGCGUCACUGGGUCGUCGUACUGCGGGUUGUUCUGCUCCCACCAGGACAUCUCGCCGCACUUCUCCGGCACCCUCUACGGCAUCACCAACACCGCGGGCAACAUUAUGGGCUUCCUGGCGCCGGCAGUCAUCGGCCUCAUCACCUACAACAAUCAAACCGUGCAGGCGUGGAACACAGUCUUCCUCGUGACGGCCCUGCUCUACGUCGUGGCCGGCACCUUCUACAUCACCUGCAUCUCGGACCAGGUGCAGGCGUUCGAUACCCCCGCGCAGACCAACCAGGUGGAGGAGGGACUCGUGAAGAAGGGAGAGGAGGCGAAGGGGGAGAUAUUGAAGACUCAGUCGCUCUCCCCAUCUCCCGACGUCGGUGGCACAAAGUAUACAGAGAAGAUAGAUAGGAACGAGAAGGAAAUGGAGAUAUAAGUGACCGUAGAAUGACAGGAAGAGGAUGAAGGAGAGGAAGGAAGAGAUGGGAAAGGAGGAGAGGGAAGGAAAAGCAGAAAAAUGAAUGAAAUCAGAGGAGUCCUACUACUUUCUCCAUCACCCGAAGUAAUAUAGAGAGAAGAUAAAUGAGAACAAGAAGGAACUAGAGAUAUAAGAAGAAGAAAGGGUCGUGGAAGAGGAAGGAAGAAGUGGGAAAAGAUGAGACGGGAAAGGAAGAGAAGGGAGAAGAAGGCAAACACACAGAGGAUGAAGGAGAUAAAUGGGAAAAGGAAGGAAGUGGAUAUAUGAGAAUGGAUCGUGGAAGGAAAGGACGAGGAGGAGGACGAGGAGGAGAAGGACGAGGAGGGAAAGACAGCGAAAGGAAAGGAGGAAAACACAAAACAGUUCCUUCUUCCAUCUUCUAACGCCAAGGAAAAGUAUACAUAGGAGAUAAAUGAAGGAAGUGGAUACAUAAGAAGGUCGCAAAAGGAGAAGGAAGAGAAUGAGAACAAGAGGAAGAGGAGGAAAAUGAAGAAAACACACAAUCCAGUUACUUCUUCAAUUUCCUAACACCAAUAAAAAGUAGAGAAGAUAAAUGAGAACAUGAAGAAGCGGAGAUAAUAGAAGACGAGAAAAGAAAGAAGAAAGAAGAGAGAAAAGGAGAAAAAACACAAAAGCCAAUACACUUUUUCUUCCAUUUCGUAACACGAGCAAAAAGUAAAUAGAACAUAUAAUAAAGAAAAACAAAAGAAGUAAGUGAAGAUAUUAGAUACUGACUCAUUAUUUUGAUAUUAACAGAUACGGAGGAAUCAUUAUUUUUUACAUUCCCAGUACAAUAGAAUAUUUAUUAUAAGGAAAAUUCAAGGUAUGUGUAGCCUAUCCUUUGUUAAGUUAAUGGUAGGUAGUAGUAGUAGUAGUAGUAGUAGUAGUAGGCUAUAACAUUUUUCGUAUUGUAAAUCUUAUAAUACUGUUUUCUGUGUACCACUAAGAGAGAGAGAGAGAGAGAGAGAGAGAGAGAGAGAGAGAGAGAGAGAGAGAGAGAGAAACCACAUCGAUCUCAGCGCAAAAAUAAAAAAAAUGAAAAGCGAUAAAUCCCAGAAUGCGGAAUUAUAUUGAAGUUUGGUCGUAAGCUUUUAAUAGUUUCUCACAUCUGCCUGAGAAGAUAAUUAAACGUAUGUGUGUGUGUGUGUGUGGAGUGAGGAGUAAUAGCAAUGAGACGACGAUUGAGUAUUUCUGCUUUUCUUUUUUUUGUUGUUCUCUAAGUCAUAAGCGGAUGAAUAACACAAGAAAAAUGAGAAAGAGGUGGAACAGAGAAGGGAGAAUGCUGUUUGGACUAUGAUCUUUAUUAGUAUUAUUAUGUUUUCUAAUCUUAA